AUGCACAUCAUCAAGCCUUCAUGGCUGAGCCAUUGCGGCGAGCAAAAGGAUUUUGAAGUUUACAGCUGUCACGUUUCACCAGACGGAAAACGUCUUGCGACCGCAGGCGGCGAUGGCCACGUGCGAGUUUGGUCGACUGAAUCCAUCUACAAUGCCAACACGCCAGACUACAACAAGCCGCGCCAGCUCUGCCACAUGAGCCAUCAUCUCGGCACAAUUCAUUCCGUUCGAUUCUCGCCCAACGGCCGUUACCUCGCCUCUGGAGCCGACGACAAGAUUAUCUGCGUAUACCACCUCGACAAGAGCCCCCCCGCUGCCACCUUUGGCACCAACGAGCCUCCGCCAGUCGAGAAUUGGAAGACGUACAAGCGCUUAAUUGGCCACGACAAUGAUGUGCAAGAUCUUGCUUGGUCAUACGACUCCUCCAUACUUGUCUCAGUUGGGCUCGAUUCAAAGGUCGUUGUGUGGUCAGGGCACACGUUUGAGAAGCUCAAGACGCUGCCAGCGCACCAAAGUCACGUCAAGGGAAUCACUUUUGACCCUGCAAACAAGUUUUUUGCGACGGCAAGCGACGACCGAACAAUCAAAAUCUUCAGAUUCACCUCUCCUGCGCCUAAUGCGACUCAGCACGACAUGGUUAAUAACUUUGUUCUUGAGACCACGAUUAGUUCCCCAUUUAAGAGCUCCCCAUUGACUACCUACUUCCGAAGAUGCUCAUGGUCUCCUGAUGGGAAUCACAUUGCUGCCGCAAACGCUGUAAACGGCCCUGUCAGUUCUGUCGCGAUAAUUGAGCGAACGAGAUGGGAUAGUGAGAUCAAUUUGAUCGGUCACGAGGCUCCUACAGAAGUUUGCAUGUUUUCACCUCGACUUUUCCAUACGAGCAAGCCAGAUCCAAGCGUCGACGAUAAGACGCCAUCGCUAGUGACAGUCAUUGCUUCCGCCGGUCAAGACAAGACGCUGAGUAUUUGGAACACGAAUACGUCCAGGCCUGUGGUUAUUCUCCAAGAUCUGGCAGGUAAGUCAGUAUCUGACCUGGCGUGGACUCCAGACGGCCAAACGUUGUUUGCUUCCAGUCUGGACGGUAGCAUUGUGGUAGCCAAAUUCAGCGAAGGCGAACUCGGCUGGGUAGCGCAGCCCGAGGAAAACGACAAAGCACUACAGAAGUACGGUGCGUCAAGAAAGGGGAUGGGUAUCGCGGAAGAUGUAGAUGGUCUCAUGUUAGAAAGCCAAAGCAAAGCAGGAGAGUCGCGAGCUGUGGAAUCAAGAAUGGGCGCCCUUAUGGGCGAUCUCCCUGAUUCUACCAAGGAGUCGACACCCGUCAUGAAUGGCACCAAAACUACAAAACCCGCCACAAAUGGACAGUCCGAGGCAGAAAAGGACAAGGAAGCAGAGAAAGAGCCAGAAAAGCAGCCAGAAGAGGCGGCUGACAAGACAGCGCAGCGCGUCAAAGAGCUCAAGUCUCGAGUCACGGUUGGCAAGGACGGUAAAAAGCGAGUGGCACCUUUAUUGGUGUCUUCAUCGGGGACAGGCACGUCAUCUCUGCCGCAAACUCAACUGGUUGGAACAACAAGCAACACCAAGGCAGCGCAAAACGAUGCACCACAGACAACGCUUGAUUUGGCCAAGCCCUUUGACGGACUGCCUAAGGGAGGCAUUGCCGCUAUGCUACUUGGUAACAAGAGGCGUCUUAAUCCGGGCGAAGCUGAAGAGGACGAGGAGCCGAUUUCUAAACGCGCAGCUACAGGACCUACCCCUAUUCUCACUAAUGGGCACGACGGUGUUGAGCCAGCGGCACUCGUGCCUGUACAGCACGGUGUAGUUCCAACGCCUGAGUUUCUCAGGCCUGCAGUUAUGAACCCUUCUAUUGCCUUCGCGCAGGUCAGGUUGGCUGUGCCAAAGAUCAGAUCACAUAUACUUCGACCUCUGGACAGGGGAAUUCUCCAGGGCGAGAGCUCGCUGGAGGAUGCAUCCAAAACCCCUGAGAACACAAUCCUCGAGGCCAAAAACGAUUCCAACCCCAGAGAUCCUUCACACGUUUUGGUGAGCAAGAGGGGCGCACUCAUCUGGGAAGAGUGGCUCCCUCGAGCCAUCAUACUAGUGACGGCCACCAAAGACUUCUGGGCUGUUGCUUGCGAAGACGGCUCCAUCCAUACUUGGACGCCUGCUGGCAGAAGGCUAUUGGCCCCUAUGAUAUUGGAGUCACAGCCUGUCAUCCUGGAAGCUCGCGGUCAUUGGCUGCUAUGUAUCACCGCUGUUGGACUCGCUCAUGUCUGGGACUUGAAGACUCAAUCCUCCCCCAGCCCUCCAGUGUCACUGGGACCGAUCCUGGACAUUGCCACAACCUCGUUAAAUCAGCACAGUGCGACGCCUGGACCAGGUGUUACUUCUGCUCACCUCAACUCCACCGGUCAUAUUAUUGUGACCCUGACAAACGGUGACGGCUAUUACUACGCUCGGGAAAUGUUCACGUGGCAACGUCUUAGCGAAGCUUGGUGGGCCGUGGGUUCACAAUACUGGAACUCGAACGAUUCUUCCAUCUCUGCCCUGCAAUCAACAGCUGUUGGCCCAGCUUCAAAAGAGGGCAAGGACAAGGACAGGGAAUCUACCAAGGCUACCGUUUCGUCCGGCAUCAUACCUUUCCUCGAACGACACACAACCAACGAGUUUCUUCUUAAGGGUAGGGCUUAUGGGUUGCAACGUAUCAUUAAGAUGGUUGUGCAGCGUAAGGAAGCUGAAAACCUGGAGAGCAGCGUUAGCAUAGCCCAUCUGGAGACGCGAAUCGCUGGUGCUUUGCAACUGGGAGCACGGGAAGAAUUCCGUCUCUAUCUGUUCAUGUAUGCCAAGCGAUUGGGCGCUGAGGGAGCAAGGGUCAAGGUUGAAGAGCUCCUCAAUAGUCUUCUUGGGGGCAUCCUUGAGGAGAAUGAAGAAGAGGAAGAAGAGGAUGACGGCCAUGGCUGGUUCAGCAAAGAGGGCGAUCUAUGCGGAUGGGAUCGUAGGGAAUUGCUUAAGGAUGUAGUGAUGAUUCUAGGUAAAUACCGAGAGCUUCAGCGACUUACUCUACAAUACGCAAAGGUACUCGACAUAAGCCUAGAAGAUGGCUCAGUAGAUGUUGAGCAGAUGGACGUGGAGGCUUGA